GUAUCUAUCGAAGUUGCACAGUGCCAAACCAUUCCUGCAUCGACAGCAUUCUCUUUGCUUCUGGAAGCAGCAGUCUUUCUGUGAGUGUAAUACUAUCUGCGUGCAGGUAGCACUGUGUCAAUAUUAGCUAUUGGCAUCAUAAGUCGCUUGGAGGACGCUCCCUGGACAUCUGUUUAGUAAGAAGUUGCUCACAUGGAACUUUAAGAUGAUUUUUCUUGUUGAAAUAAUAAUUCUACCCUGGCAGCCCGGUUUAGGAUUAUUCGUUAAAGUGAGAAACACCCUGCAGAUAUGAACACAUGCAGAGAAAACACACACACACGCACACACACAGAGUGGAAGGGUUCAUGUUAUGCUGGUAUAGCAGGUUUGACAAGCUGUCAAAGAUUUGAGUACAAGAGUCACAAAAGAUAAGUAAGGUGUGUGUGUGUGUUUGUCAUUCAAACUGCUAUUUUUCACCUAUUUGUGAUUUCUGCAUUUGGAGCUCUGCUGGUCUUUGUUGAUGAAAAGUCUUGUGACCCAGUCUGCCGCUGACUUGUGUGAGGCUGAGGUGAGCUGUUGCCAUGGCACCCUUCCUGCGUAUCGCCUUCAAUGCAUAUGAUGUAGGCGCUCUGCCUGCUCUGUCUGAACCCCCCAUUUGUGCCAUCAAAAUAAAGGAGUCUGUCAGCACAGAGCGAGGAAAAACAUUGGUUCAGAGGAAGCCCACCAUGUAUCCAACAUGGAAGACCACAUUCGAUGCUCAUAUUUAUGAGGGGCGUGUCCUAGAAGUGGUUCUCUUGCAAGGAGCUGAGCAGCCAUUGGCCAAGGCUUCAGUUGGCGUGUCUGUGCUAGCAGAACGCUGUAAAAAGUCCAAAACCAAUGGUCGUGCUGAGUUCUGGGUGGACCUGAUGCCUUCUGGAAAGGUUCAAGUGGCUGUCCAGUAUUUCUUGGAGGACAGCGAUGCGACACAAAACCAACAAUCUGUGAGAGUCGCCCCCGAGGACGGACUCACGACUCUGAACAGGAGGAGGGGAGCGUUCAAACAGCCCAAGCUUCACAUCAUCAAGAACCAUGAGUUUUCUGCCACUUUCUUCCACCAGCCUACCUUCUGCUCCGUGUGCAGGGAGUUUCUCUGGGGGCUCAACAAGCAAGGCUACAAGUGCAGACAAUGCAAUGCAGCAAUUCACAAGAAAUGCAUCGAAAAGAUUAUCGGCAGAUGCACCGGCACAGCAGCCAACAGUCGUGACACGAUGUUCCAGAAAGAGCGCUUCAAGAUUGACAUGCCACAUCGCUUCAAGUACCAUAACUACAGGAGCCCUACCUUCUGUGACCAUUGUGGCACCCUGCUGUGGGGUAUUUAUAGACAGGGCCUCAAAUGUGAAGAUUGUGGCAUGAACGUUCAUAGUUAUUGUCAGAAAAAAGUGGCCAAUCUGUGUGGCAUCAACCAGAAGCUAUUGGCUGAAGCUCUGUCUCAAGUCCCCCAGAAAUCCCUGAAGAAGUCCGAUAGCAAUGGAGCCGAUAUCGGCAUCUAUCAAGAUGUCCAAAGUGCAACAACAGACCCUGCUGCUGGUGGGAAUGGCAAAAUGCAAGAUGGCUCCAGUUCUUGCGUACUUCCUGUUUCCCGGGUACACCUCACCGUCAACCACCUGGUCUUCCAUAAAGUUCUGGGCAAAGGCAGCUUUGGCAAGGUGCUGUUAGCCGAGCUAAAGGGCAAGGGUCAGUACUUUGCUGUGAAGGUUCUAAAAAAAGACGUGGUUCUCAUGGAUGAUGACGUGGAGUGUACCAUGGUGGAGAAGAGAGUUCUUGCCCUGGCCUGGGAGAACCCCUUCCUCACACACCUUUACUCCACAUUCCAGUCUAAAGAGCACCUUUUCUUUGUCAUGGAAUACCUCAAUGGCGGCGACUUGAUGUUCCAUAUCCAAGACAAAGGCCGAUUCGAUCUAGUCAGAGCCACAUUCUAUGCUGCUGAGAUAGUAGUGGGCCUGCAGUUCCUCCACUCCAGGGGAAUUAUCUACAGGGAUCUGAAGCUGGAUAACGUCAUGCUGGACAAGGACGGCCACAUUAAAAUUGCAGACUUUGGAAUGUGUAAAGAGAAUAUAUUUGAAAACGCCCGAGCCUCAACAUUCUGUGGGACUCCAGACUACAUUGCACCUGAGAUCCUCUUAGGACAGAAAUACACCUUCUCGGUCGACUGGUGGUCUUUCGGCGUCUUGGUCUAUGAAAUGCUGAUCGGUCAGUCACCUUUCCAAGGUGACGAUGAGGAUGAACUGUUUGAGUCCAUCCGGUCGGACACCCCUCACUACCCUCGCUGGAUAACAAAGGAGGCCAAGAAACUGCUUGAGAUGUUGUUUGAAAGAGAUCCCGCUUCCCGACUCGGAAUGGUGGGAGACAUCCGAGCACAACCUUUCUUCAGAAAUACCAACUGGUCAGCUCUGGAGAAGAGAGAAGUGGAGCCCCCUUUCAAGCCCAAAGUGAAAUCCCCAAGUGACUGCAGCAACUUCGACCGGGAGUUCUUGAGCGAAAAGCCGCGCCUCUCCCAAGGCGACAAGAACCUUAUUGACUCCAUGGAUCAGGCGGCGUUCCGUGGCUUUUCUUUCGUUAAUCCCAAAUUGGAACAUCUGAUAAGCAAAUGAAAAGACAAUCUGGCCAUCUUACAGUAGGGAUAUUUUCCUCCCAUCUUCAACUGGAUGAAUCAAAUCAAAACACAAUAAGACACUAUACUGUAAGUGUAACAAAGGGACAUACUUCAUAUAGCAGUGUAACUAAUAAUCACAACUAAAGGGGUAUUUUUUUUAUUACUUAUGUAUAAUGUUUUCUCAAUGUAAACACUCUCACUAGAUCAUCAAAUGUACUGUAUCUUUAAAUUAAUACUGUGUAUACGCAGGUAGGGUCAGAUCCAAAACCUCCAGUUCGUAAUGUGGUCCGAUUUAUUAUAUCUACACCACACGAUUCCCACAAUUCCUGCACUGACUUUAAGCCAACUGCACACUGUAAAUGUCCUAAAAAAAUGAUUAAUUUAUUCUUUGUCAGUUUUCAGCUGGCCUUAAACCUGCACAAAUAUGAAACACAGAUGGCGUCACCUGCAAUAUAUACAUAUAGGUAUUGAAGGGUGUUUUUGUUGGAGGAAUUGGUAUUUAUCACGAUGCAAAUAGAGCUAGUGCUCCCUUUACUUUUGUAUUUACACACUUUUACUGUUGAUGAUAAAUAAAUAAAUGCAUUUCUUCAAUUGCA